UUCACUUUGUUUUAUGACUUCAGCUGGACAAUGCUCUGGCUGUUUAUUCUUACUGUUGCCCUGUUGACUUCAGGUCAACAGGUCACUGGACCAGACCAGGAUGUCGGGGAGGAGGAGGGUCACAAGGUCACGUAUCAAUGUCACACAAGAACCAAGAGGAACCUGGAGAGUGACACCCUGGACUCUAGAGGUCCACAGGCCACUGAACGGGUCCAGAACUCCAGCGAAGUUCAAAAUAUUACCAUCCGAUGCGACACAAGAACCGGGAUGAACCUAGAGUUUGUGAACAUCAGGAGAUAUAAUUCAAUCUCCACAAAGUAUGAAGAUGUCGCCAUUUGGGACAACAAUUAUUUGGAUACGGAGGGAAUCAGUGUGUGUAUCAGCCUGGAUGGCCUGAGAUCUGGUGUGGUGAAACUAAUCAUCACCUCAGCUUCUGCAUCUGACUUCGGACUGUACAGAAUCUACAUUUUGCUACAAAACGAGUUGGUGCAUUGGGUUGAUUUCAACGUGACUGAAUAUGGACUGACAGAUUUGACCGAGAACAUUCCCAGCUCCAUCAGUCCUCUGAGCGGCACCGUCAGUCCUCUGAGCGGCACCGUCCGUCCUCUGAACGGCACCGUCCGUCCUCCUGCUCCUGAUGGAACACAACCGGGGAUGAUCUUCACCAUUGGCUGUUCUUGUGUCGGUGUCGCCAUCUUUGUCUUCAUCAUCAUCUUCAUCGGAGUUAAAUAUAAAGAAAAGAUCACAGGGUGUCUGAAGAGGAGGAACCAGCGAGGGGACGACGUGGAAAUGGGUCCUGAGAGGGAACGUCUGAGUCGUCCAGGAGACGAGCCGUCCUCCUCUGGUGCUGAAGCCCAGCAGCUCCUGGAUCAGGGUCCACAGGUGAAGGACAGCAGCAGCUGAACGGCUCAGGGUUGUUCAAAAGGGAAAGGAGGAUUCAGAAAUGAGAUUAGAUCAUGUAACCAAAUCCAAUCAGAGGAUUUCAAGGUGGAUUUCAGGAGGAAAAUGAAGCAAAACUUUAAAAAUGGUCAAAAAACUCAACUUGUAGCUGUUAGUGUUCAUGCUUUUAUUUGUAUUUUGCUCCUGAUUUGUUCAACUGUUCCAGUCAUGCAGUAGAUAAAGUAGACACAGGCUGCCGUGAAGCCUUUCAGUAGAGUAAAAACAAAAUAAAAAAAUAAAAUAAACAGUUUGAGGAAGGGUAAAAGACAGACGUGGCUGUGGACAUGACUGCAGCAGAGAACUCUGACACUCUGCGGGGUUCCAGGUGUUGUUGGGGAUGGAGAGCAGUGUUUCACCAGCAUCGAGCCUGUCUUCCCUUCUUGGAGUCUUCUUUAAUAGAUUUCAGGCCUCUGAACCGUCUUAAAGGGAUACUUCAACAUUCUGGCAAAUUGGCCCAUUCAACGCUAUUCCUUAGUCAUUUUGAACAGCAUACUUACUUUUUU